CAGGUUUUUAUGAGAUCAGAGUCCGUUUAAUAAUCUUAGAACAUGUCGAGAGUAAAGGUCGAGUUUCUAGCUGAUUUAUUAUUUGCAUUUGAAGAACUGACAGCAGGAUUUGUUGAACUUCCUCUGUUCCGAAGACUCAUCAUGAAUUUCUUUCUGGAAUCAAUCCAGGUCCUCUUUCUCUCUUUAUGGUACAACAUAGAAUCUCUCAUUCACCUCUUGGUUCCGAGGAAGAAAAAGAACAUAGCUGGGGAGGUUGUUCUGAUCACAGGCGCCGGCAGUGGAAUCGGUCGCCUGAUGGCUCAGGAGUUUGCGGCUCAUGGUACCGUGCUGGUUCUGUGGGACAUUAACCAGGAGGGCAUAAAAGAAACCGCAAGAUUGGCCAAAAAUGGUGGAGCUAGCAGAGUCCACUGCUUCGUCUGUGAUUGCAGCAACAAGAAUGAAGUUUACAGAGUGGCUGAUCAGGUUAAGAGAGAAGUGGGUGAUGUCAGCAUCUUGGUGAACAAUGCCGGAAUUGUGACAGGGAAGAAAUUCAUGGAUGCUCCAGACUCUCUGAUUGAAAAGACCAUGGAGGUCAACGCUAUGGCUCACUUCUGGACCUACAAGGCCUUUCUACCUGCCAUGAUCGCCAAUAACCAUGGCCAUCUGGUCAGCAUUGCCAGCUCUGCUGGACUCAUUGGCGUAAAUGGAUUAGCAGACUAUUGUGCCAGUAAGUUUGCAGCUGUAGGUUUUGCUGAGUCGGUAGGCCUGGAGCUUCUAGCAACAGGAAAAGAUGGGAUCAAAACCACCAUUGUGUGCCCCUACUUUAUCAACACUGGGAUGUUUGAUGGAUGUCACACCAAGUGGCCAAGACUCCUGCCAAUCCUAAAUGCAGAGAAGGUAGCCAAGAAGAUUAUUCAUGCUGUCCUCACAGACCAAGUCUACCUUCUACUGCCUAAAAGCAUGUAUUUCAUCACUGCUCUGAAGAACAUCCUGCCCAUGAAGCAGGGCAUUCUGCUGGGUCAGUACCUGGGAGCCUUCAAUCUUAUGGACACAUUUAGGGGACGCUCCAAAAAGCAAGAGUGAGAGAGCUGUCAAUUAGAAGAGGAUUUACAUGAAGGAGAUAUUAAAGCAUUGAAGAUAUUAAAACAUUGAAACUAUGUGAAGUUUCUUCAUAAUUAAUCUGAAAACAUUUAAUUGUUUAAUUGUACAUAGAAAAUGAAAACCACUUGUGUAAAGGACUGCCUUUUAAAUAAAUUAAUGUCCAUUAUUUAGCUUAACGUUUUGAGUUCCCUGAACAAAAUGUCUGUUGUUACUAAAGUUAUAUUUCUGAUUUGUUUCUGAUUUAAGCACAAUAUUUUAUAUAAUAAUCUUGUUCUUACUGACAGUAUAUUAUGGUUAAUUUAGUUCCUUAUUCUACAUCUUAAUAUUUUUAUCUUUGUGUGAACCUGCAUACCCUGAUCUCUUGUCACUUUGCUGCCUUUACACCUGACAAAACCUGUUGCUUCUCUGCAAGUGGAAAUGCAGAGAAUGGAUUUAUUUCUUGGAAAAGGUUGUUUGUGAUGAGUGCAAACAACCUUUUUGCACUCAUCAAAAAGGUUGUUUGCACAACCUUUUUGUGCAAACAACCUUUUGCACAACAAAAGAUUGUUUGCAUUCAUCACAAAACCCAACUACCAAAGUUUUGCUG